UCAAGCAACGUACAUCAUGCGGACAUCACUAAAAUUUUAACCGUCGUUCAAAUUCAAAAGUCCGGUUGCUUUGUUUCGGUUGCAAAAUGUAAUUUUUUAUAAAUUUAUCAAAAUUCUGCACAAUUAUGUCGGGUAAACUGCAGGACUAUCAAGUUUUAGACGUUCUGUGCGGCGGCACGUUCUACAAAGUACGGCACAAGGUCACCAACGACAUAUUCGCAUGGAAGGCGUACGAUUGCACUGCGUACUCGAACGAGCAGCUACGGGGCGUCGCGCUCGACGCGGAUGCGAUAAACAAAGCCUGCGGCGGCGCUGCGGCCCUGCUGCGCGUGCACGACACGGUGCUGCACGCGCCCUCGCGCACGCUUUACUUCGUGUUGGAGCACGGCGCCUGGCGCAGCCUCGCCGAGCUCAUCGACAGCUGCGACUCCGCCGACAAGUGCGCCUCGGAGGCCUUCGUGUGGCACCUGCUGCUGGAGCUGGCGCGCGCGUGCCGGGCGCUUCAGAACGCUAAACUCUCCGUCCUACGUGUCUGCCUCUCGCCAGCUACAGUUCUUGUCGAAGAGGGCGGUGCAGUGCGUUUGCAUUGUUGUGAGCCAGCGGCGGCGCCCGGGGCGCCUACCACUCCCGUCUUGCGGCAAGUCGGCGACCUGCUGAGUGUUUUGUGCGCCGCGCCCCGCGCCGACAAGAACUCGCAAUACAGCGACGAUCUGCUCCAUAUUAUCGGUUUCCUCACGGACGAACGGAACUCGAAUCUACACCCAGAUGUCAUACUCUACCACCCCACGGUGCUUGCCAACAUCGAAACGUUUUCUCGCCCCAAACAUUUGAGUGAAAUACUUGUCUCGGUUGAUUACUCACAUUCCACUUCAGUGAACAAGUGUGACUCUGAGAAGGCUGUGGAGUUGAGCAGGGCCGUGCAGCCCGCGCCGCGGUCGUCGAAAUCGCAGGAGAGCCCUAUCUACUGCAAUAUUACUCCUAAAAAAUAUUGUAACAAAGAAAUUUUUGAGUCUAACUCGCCUCAAGGCCAGUUGUCCCCUACUAUAGCUGCCUUGGCUCUUGAGCUGCCAGGAUUUGUUCCUCGCAGCCGAAAAGCGAUAACUGGAGCCCUGGACACAUACACUGCGGCCCAACAAGUGACAGAAAACACUUUGAGCCAGCAAUGGAUGUCUCGCCUCAUUGCAUUGAGACAAAGGGAACACAGUCUCAAUCAGAGGGAAAGAGACCUCAUUGCGAAGGAGAUUUUAAACAGUCCUGCUGCUAAGAUCAUUCCUCUGAAUGAUUCUGAGGUGCCAGCCAUUAGUGAGAGUAAUGGGAUCACCCUGCCUCCCAUGAUAACACAAGCAGAGGAUAGGAAGUGGGUGUCGCGCCGCCACAGGCGAACUAGCUCAGCGCGCCUCAAAAAUCGACGAAAAACUUUCGCAUACGAGGAUUUGGACAGCUCCCUGUCUGCUGACAAUGGAGAUGGCAGCAUGAUCAUCACGGCCACCAAGUUCACCAAGGACAACAUGCCUAGGAACUUGUUUCCUGAACCGGCUAAGAAAGUGCACUUUACCCCAGUCAACCCUUUUGCAGAGAGUGAUGAAAGUGUGACCCUGACCUUCUAUGAGUUAGAAAAUGUUGACAAGGAAGGCUACCAACUGCCAAGACAGCAGGAGCAAGUGGUCAAAGACAUUUCCAAGUUCAAAUACUUAGAUUUAGAGAAGAUGACUUCUGAGAAAAGGGCAGCGAUGCCCUGGAGCCACUCUUCACCUUCUAAGCAGGCCAAGAUGUCACAGACCAUAUUCUCGGACAUCACCAACACUAAAGGAAAUUUAAGAAAAACCCCAUCAAAGUCGAGCAUCACUUCAAAAGGGUCAAGUAUCUCAAGAUUCUCAAUAGCCUCAAGCAAAAGCCAGUGGAGUAUGGACUCUAGUAGCAAGGCAAGCGAUGGUAGCAUUGCUGACAGGACUAGGGCCAGUAUCCGGCAGUCCUUAGCACAGACCCCCAUAGCCCCUGAUGCUAAAAAGAAAAGCAGGAAAUCUCUGCUGCCCUUCAAAACACCAUUUAAAUUCAUCACCUCUACUAAAAUUUAGACUAAAAUUGUCCCUAUGAACCUAGGCUUAAGAACUUUAAGACGUUUGCAAUAUUAGUGCCCAGAUUUUAAGUGAUAAUUUUAUUUUAGUAGUGUGCUAGAUUUAUAGUUUUGAUAUAUUUUUUUUAUUUUGAAUCAGUGAUUCCUUAAGCGUUUUAUAUUUGGUUGUGGUGUUUUAAAAAUGAAGUGUACCAGAGUACAUAUAAUUGCUCUGCUAAUGUCUUCUGUAAGUUUAUUAGUUACCUCUCCUAGUGCUAGUAGUAAGUGCUGCUUCAUAUUUCUCCAGUUGAAAAUUGGAUCCAGGUUUGUAUUGUUUUAUUUUAUAUUAUUUUAAUUGUAUUAUAAUUGAGAAACGGACAUCAACCCACCAGAAACUUAGAAUAGUGAAAUUAUAUAAAUGAAAUAUAUAAUUAUUGUACAAAUAUGUUUACUAAAUGCAACUAUGCAGCUUAUUAUGUUGUGCUUUCUUUGCUUUUUACAUUUGGUGUAAAUUUCUUUAUAGCAAGUUGUGUAAUAUCUAGAAAUAAAGUGCAUCUGAGGAACAUAAUCAACGAGUGUGAUAUGGACCACCCAAUGGAUUUGGGAUGGCCCAAUGAUAUUAAUGAUGUAUUAUACAAAAUUUUAACUUGUUUUGAAUAUUUACAUAAGUGAUAAUAAGGAUACUCAUCAAACAUGUUUAGUCUUAAUGUCUUCCACUUGUAAUAAAAUCAACAUGAAAU